GAGCUGACUGUUGGGUAAGCUCUCUCAGGACAAAGUCCAGAAAAUUGUGAUCUAAGGGCUCACCCCACCUUUUCCAGUGAAUGAGAAUCUACCAGAAAAUAGGAGGAAAGAGUAUCAAAAAUGUUAAAGGCUGUGCUGAAGAAGAGCCGAGAGGGAGGAAAAGGAAGCAAGAAGGAAACAGAACAAAACCAGGCAAGCUCUUAAGUCAUUUGCUGUAUGGAAGUGACUUUGGUCUGGAGACUUCUUCAGUCCUGCCCCCUGGUCAUGCUGGUGACUCUCCUAUGAGCAGUAUUCCUGUAGCAGAAGAUAGCUAUCGGAUGAGCUUGGCCAAAGGUGUCUCAAUGUCUCUGCCUUCAUCACCCUUGCUGCCUCGACAAUCUAACCUGGUGCAGUCAAGAUCAAACAAAAAAUCCCCAGGUCCCAUCAGGAAGCCCAAGUAUGUGGAAAGCCCCAGGGUGCCUGGAGAUGCAGUUAUAAUCCCGUUCAGAGAAGUGUCCAAGCCCACAGAGCCCAGUGAGAAUGAAGCAAAGGCCGAUAAUGAACCGAGCUGUUCACCGGCAGCUCAAGAACUGUUGACAAGGCUGGGAUUUUUACUGGGAGAAGGGAUCCCAAGUGCCACACAUAUAACCAUUGAAGACAAAAAUGAAACCAUGUGCACAGUUCUGAGUCAAGGCAUCAGUCCUUGCUCCACACUAACAAGCAGCACCGCAUCUCCUAGCACCGAUAGCCCCUGCUCAACCUUGAAUAGCUGUGUCAGCAAGACGGCAGCCAACAAAAGUCCCUGUGAGACCAUUAGCAGCCCUAGUUCCACCCUGGAAAGCAAGGACAGUGGAAUUAUAGCCACAAUUACAAGUUCAUCCGAAAAUGAUGACCGGAGUGGCUCCAGUUUGGAAUGGAAUAAAGAUGGAAGCCUGAGGUUAGGGAUUCAGAAGGGAGUACUUCAUGAUCGAAGGGCAGAUAACUGCUCCCCAGUGGCAGAGGAGGAGACCACUGGGCCAGCGGAAAGCGAGCUGCCCAAAGCGGAGUCCUCAGCUGGAGAUGGUCCGGUCCCUUAUUCUCAGAGCUCCAGCUCGCUAAUAAUGCCACGGCCCAACUCAGUUGCAGCAACAAGCUCUACUAAAUUGGAAGACCUGAGUUAUUUAGAUGGGCAGAGAAAUGUUCCUCUCCGGACAUCAAUUAGAUUACCAUGGCACAACACAGCUGGAGGUAGGGCGCAGGAAGUUAAAGCACGAUUUGCUCCCUACAAGCCACAAGACAUUUUGUUGAAACCCUUGCUUUUUGAAGUUCCAAGCAUCACAACAGACUCUGUAUUUGUGGGGAGGGACUGGCUCUUUCACCAAAUAGAAGAAAACUUGAGGAACACAGAACUUCCAGAGAAUAGAGGAGCAGUUGUUGUUGGAAAUGUGGGAUUUGGGAAGACAGCAAUCAUUUCCAAGUUGGUGGCACUGAGCUGCCAUGGAAGCCGCAUGAGACAGAUUGCUUCCAACAGCCCCAGUUCAUCACCUAAAACAUCAGAUUCCACCCAGGAUCUUCCUUUCACUCCACUGCUUUCACUGAGUUCUUCCACAAGUGGUCACAAGAUAGUUAAAACCUCUUGUACGUCUGGUACUCCUGAAAACCAGAGACCAAGAGAGGAUGCAGUAAAAUACCUUGCUUCUAAGGUGGUAGCCUACCAUUACUGCCAGGCUGACAACACAUACACGUGCCUGGUACCCGAGUUUGUGCACAGCAUCGCAGCUUUGCUCUGCCGGUCCCACCAACUGGCCGCUUACAGAGACCUGCUGAUCAAGGAACCCCAGCUGCAGAGCAUGCUGAGCCUCCGCUCCUGUGUGCAGGACCCUGUGGUUGCUUUCAAGAGGGGAGUGCUGGAGCCACUCACAAACCUGAGAAAUGAGCAGAAAAUUCCUGAUGAAGAAUACAUUAUUUUGAUAGAUGGUUUAAAUGAAGCUGAGUUUCAUAAACCUGAUUAUGGAGAUACACUUUCUUCAUUUAUUACCAAAAUUAUUUCUAAGUUUCCUGCCUGGUUGAAGUUGAUUGUGACUGUAAGAGCAAAUUUUCAGGAAAUCGUAAGCAAGCUGCCAUUUGUCAAGCUUUCCCUAGAUGACUUUUCAGACAACAAAGACAUUCACAGCGACCUGCAUGCUUAUGUCCAGCACAGGGUCCAGAGCAGCCAGGACAUCCUCAGCAACAUUUCCUUGAAUGGCAAGGCCGACGCCGUCCUCAUUGGGAAGGUCAGCAGCCACCUGGUGCUGCGGAGCCUUGGCUCCUACCUGUACCUCAAACUGACCCUGGACCUCUUUGAGAGGGGACAUCUGGUCAUCAAAAGCGCCAGCUACAAAGUGGUGCCUGUGUCCCUGUCCGAGCUCUACCUGCUGCAGUGCAACAUGAAGUUCAUGACCCAGUCUGCCUUUGAGAGAGCACUGCCGAUUUUAAAUGUGGCUCUUGCGUCCCUCCACCCCAUGACAGAUGAGCAGAUUUUUCAGGCUAUUAAUGCUGGCCACAUCCAAGGCGAGCAGGACUGGGAGGACUUUCAGCAGAGGAUGGAUGCCCUCUCCUGCUUCCUCAUUAAGAGGCGAGACAAAACCCGAAUGUUCUGCCACCCGUCCUUUAGGGAAUGGCUCAUCUGGAGAGCAGAUGGGGAAAGCACAGCCUUCCUCUGUGAGCCCAGGAGUGGACACGCUCUCCUGGCGUUCAUGUUCUCUCGGCAGGAGGGCAAGCUGAACCGCCAGCAGACCAUGGAGCUCGGCCACCACAUCCUAAAGGCGCACAUUUUCAAGGGUCUCAGUAAGAAGACUGGAAUCUCCUCAAGCCAUCUGCAGGCCCUGUGGAUCGGGUAUAGCACCGAGGGGCUGUCUGCCGCUCUUGCCUCUCUCCGGAAUCUCUACACACCCAAUGUGAAGGUGAGCCGUCUCCUGAUUCUGGCUGGGGCCAACGUGAACUACAGGACCGAGGUGUUGAACAAUGCCCCCAUCCUGUGUGUCCAGUCUCACCUCGGCCACGAGGAAGUUGUCAUCCUGCUCCUGGAAUUUGGCGCCUGCCUGAAUGGCAUGUCAGAGAAUGGCAUGACCGCGCUAUGUUAUGCUGCAGCUGCUGGCCACAUGAAGCUGGUGUGUCUGCUGAUAAAGAAGGGGGCGAGGGUAGACCACUUGGAUAAGAAAGGCCAGUGUGCACUUGUCCACAGUGCACUGCGGGGCCAUGGCGACAUUCUCCAGUUCCUGUUGACCUGUGAGUGGUUGUCAGGCCCUCCCCAGCCUGGCACACUGAGGAAGAGCCAAGCCUUGCAGCAGGCACUGACGGCGGCAGCCAGCAUGGGCCACAGCUCGGUGGUCCAGUGCUUGCUGGGGAUGGAAGAGGAACGUGAACUAGAAGUCAAUGGCACUGACACGUUGUGGGGAGAAACAGCCCUGACCGCCGCUGCAGGGAGAGGGAAGCUAGAGGUCUGCGAGCUGCUACUGGAACGGGGUGCUGCUGUAUCUCGGACGAACAAGAGAGGGGUACCCCCACUGUUUUGUGCAGUACGCCAGGGGCACUGGCAGAUUGUGAGGUUGCUGCUGGAACGCGGCUGUGACGUGAACCUGAGUGACAAGCAGGGCCGGACGCCCCUCAUGGUGGCUGCCUGUGAAGGGCACUUGAGCACCGUGGAAUUCCUCCUUUCUAAAGGUGCCGCCCUUUCUUCUUUGGACAAAGAGGGUCUGUCAGCACUGAGCUGGGCUUGCCUGAAGGGUCACAGGGCAGUGGUGCAGUAUCUGGUUGAAGAAGGAGCCGAGAUAGACCAGACUGACAAGAACGGCCGCACUCCGCUGGAUCUGGCCGCCUUCUAUGGCGACGCCGAGACCGUGCUGUACCUGGUGGAGAAGGGAGCUGUGAUUGAGCACGUGGACCACAGCGGAAUGCGGCCCUUGGACAGAGCCAUCGGUUGUCGAAACACAUCUGUUGUGGUCACAUUGCUCAGAAAAGGAGCCAAAUUAGGAAAUGCUGCUUGGGCGAUGGCUACCUCCAAACCUGAUAUUUUGAUUAUACUCUUACAGAAAUUAAUGGAGGAAGGAAAUGUGAUGUACAAAAAAGGGAAGAUGAAGGAGGCAGCCCAGCGAUACCAGUACGCCUUGAGGAAGUUUCCUCGAGAAGGACUCGGGGAGGACAUGCGACCCUUCAAUGAACUAAGAGUCUCCCUCUAUCUCAGUUUGUCUCGAUGUCGAAGAAAAACAAAUGACUUUGGCAUGGCAGAAGAAUUUGCUUCCAAGGCUCUGGAAUUGAAGCCCAAGUCCUAUGAAGCCUUUUAUGCCAGAGCAAGAGCGAAGAGAAAUAGCAGGCAGUUUGUGGCAGCCCUAGCUGACCUGCAGGAGGCAGUGAAACUCUGUCCCACCAAUCAGGAAAUCAAGAGGCUCCUUGCUCGAGUUGAAGAGGAGUGUAAGCAACUCCAGAGGAACCAGCAGCAAAAGCAGCAGUGCCCCCCGCCAGCUCUGCCCGAUGACUCAGACAAUGAAGAGGAUGCCCCAACCUCUGGAUUAAACGACCACUUUCACCUUGAGGGCGCUGAAGAGGAAGAAACUUCUCCACAGGAAGAAUGUAUUUCCCUGACUCCCAGGUCCCAGUCGUCCUCAUCUGUCCCUUCCCCAUAUAUCCGAAACCUUCAAGAAGGGUUCCAGUCUAAAGGCCGCCCAGUGUCGCCACCAAGUAGGGCAGGAGGCAGCAAGUCUCUGAGAGAGACUAUUGCUCAGCCAGGGCUGGUUAUGCAGCCCACAAAACAGGCACAGAUAGUGAAAACCAACCAACAUCUGGGUUCUGUGCAGUCUGGUGUGAGACACAGCAGCACAAAACUGCAGGUCUCUUCUCAGAAUCCUACCCCGAGUCCCAUGCCAGGGAGAAUCCCCACAGCUGCCACUGGGAGCAGAAACCAGCAUGUGGAGGGACCAGGUACCUUCACUGUGGGAGGCAGUUGUGGCCACAUUGGAGAUCGGCUGGGUCCCAGCCAUAACGUCCACCUUCAGCGUAGUGAGAGUGGUGCUGCGUAUCCUUUACCAAGCAAGAUCAAAGCUGCCGAGCGGCUUCUGAGUCAAGCUUCUGUGGCCUUGGAUGUGGCCCCUCCCAGCCAGGGUGGACCUGGGAGCUGCAGUGAUGGGCGACACCCUGCUUCCCUCAGCAGCUCAGGUUCUGGCUCUUCCGGUUCUCCUUCCAGCAGCAUAAAGAUGUCAAGUUCAGCCAGUAGUUUGACUUCAAGCAGUAGUUUUUCAGAUGGCUUCAAGGUCCAAGGACCAGAUGCUCGAAUUAAAGACAAGGUGGCGAGUCAGGUACAGAGCGGUACUGCUGAACACAGGCCCCGAAAUACUCCAUUCAUGGGCAUCAUGGACAAGACUGCACGCUUCCAACAGCAAGGCCAUCCUCCCCACCGAGCCUGGCAUUGCCAGGUGGCAGAGGGGCUACUGACGAACACAUCUACUGCAGCUGGCCUGCAGUCCGCUAACUCAGAGAAGCCCUCUCUCAAACAAGGAGGAUACAGCAGCCAAGCCAAAGCCUGUCCUGUUUCUACCCCAAGUGGAGGUGUCCACAACGGGGCACAGGUGAAGGAGCUAGAAGAAAACAAGUGCCAAAUCCCAGCCCACUACCCCAAUCAAGACAGCAGGAAAGCUAAGAGUGUUCCUCAUCUGUACCAGGAAAGUAUCUCCAAGCAGCCACCUCAGGACGUCAGUAACGAAGCCAACAGGAGUCACCUCACUUCAGGGAAACCAAAGCGAUCCUUCAUAGAGUCAAAUGUGUGAGCCUUAAGAGACCCAUUUGGAAAACAGUGUGUUGACUCCUGGUGGUAAAUAGUUAAAUGGUUUUUCAUCAUAAAAAUUACAUUUUAGCCAUGUUUUUCUUCCAGGGUGUAUCUGAUGCCAUUGAUGUAUUAAAAAUGUAGGAAAAGGGCCAGGGAUUUAGCUCACCAUGCCUGCCUUGCAAGCACAAGGUCCUGAGUUUGAUCCCCAGUACCCUCCCAAAAAAGGUAGGAAAAACUUCUCUAAUAAGUAGCUAGAAGUCAUGGUAAAUAAGACUGCUACACAGAAUUUAAAAUUAGCUGUACUUAUCAAGUAAAACCUUCAAGACAGCCAAGAAUACAUUAAUGUAUGUUUUUCUCUUGCGAAAUUAUUUUAUCACUUUUCUCCUUGCCUUUGCUAUUUGGUAAAACCACAGUACUUAGAAGGGAAAACAGUGUCCAUUACUGUUCCAUUGAGUCAAAUCAUAAUUUUAUUUUUAUACACACAAAUAAAAUUAAGAUCUCAGUGAUUUCUAGCUGAAUAUAGUAUGACUAUAAACAUAAGGUAGCUGAGUUUUCUUUUUUUUUUUAUUUUGUUUAAGCAAAAUACAAGAACAAGUAUUCUUCCCUUCCUAGCCAUUCCUUUAAAAACAAAAAAAGGUUAAACAUUUAUUUCUGUAUUAUGGUUCUUUUUCAAAUAUUUUUACAGUACUUUUUCAUGCUUCAAGGUGUUUUUGAUGGGUGGAAUCAGGACAAGCUAUUUGGAAUAUGGAUUGGUGGUUAGAUCAGAUUUGAGCUAAAAUACUAAGAUCAGCAUUCUUAGUGGAGCUUAUAAAUUAAUCUCAAAUGAUUCUAAACUGCAAGGGCCAGGGAUUUAACUCAGUGGUUCUGCUGCCUGCCUUACAAAUGCAAGGGCCUGAGUUCAAUCCCUGGUACAAAACAAACAAACAAAACUGUUAAUGUUCCUGAAGCAAGUCUUCCAGAGUCCUUUUGGGACAAUAUUUAAAUUGGAUACUUGAGGUGUGGUUGAUUAUUGCCUGUUUUGUUCCACAGCCAUUACUUCAUAGUCACAUGUUGUAUAUAUUACAUAGCCCAGUUUUAUUCAGACUUGUAAAUAUAACUAUUUCAACAUAGUUAAACUAAAAGCAAAAACAAAUAACAAAACCCCAGCCAUAUACCUGCAUGUUCUUUUAAACUUCACCCAUGCUGGUUAUUGCACUGAAUAUGUUGUCACGGCAUGUUAACAGUACACCGGUAACGGCACUUUAUCUCAUAUAAAUGAACACCUAAGAGGUGCUAAAGUCCAAGCUGAUGUAGUAUUCAUUUGUACAGAUGAGGUACAGGAAUGAACCUUGCUUUAAAGGUAUUUUUAUAUGAAAAUGGUAUGCUAUUGGAGGGUGUUAAAAUGCUAGUUUGAGAGAGGUGGGAGUGUAUUUGUUUUAUAUGUUGGGAUGUGAAAUUUAUUUUUCAGAAUUGGGGAGAAGAAAGUUCUAUAUUUGCAGACUGUUUUAAAAGGAGUAGUUGUUCCGAAGUUCCUACAAACAUUAGUUUUGUAUGAAUAGGGACCUUCUGGUGUCAUUCUUCAACAUCUUUCCUGAGUGUGUGUAUAGUGUACUUUGUACAAACAGCUUUAUCAUUUUUUAUAAGCUUUCCAUGAGUUCUGCUAUAACUACUAUGGCUUAUUUAUUGUUUAUUUUCUUUAAUAUUUGUGAAAGUCUUACUCUUUUAUUAUGUAGUUUUGUUUCUGCACAACUACUGUACUUUUCCAUAUGGAAUAAAAGCUAUUACUAGA